AUGGGAUUUUGGUUCUGUCUUCUUGCAUGUGUUUCCACUUUUAUAUGCCUUCAAGCUUUUCUGAAAAUCAUCCACAGCAAGAGGCUACCACCAAGCCCUCCUACCAUACCCAUUUUAGGUAACAUAUUUUGGCUCCUUAAGUCCUCCAAAAAUUUUGCUGAUCUUGAACCUGUUCUUCGCUCCUUACGUUCUAAAUAUGGUAACAUAGUCACUCUUCACAUAGGGUCUACCCCUUCCAUUUUCAUAACAUGUCAAGAAGCUGCUCAUAGAGCACUUGUUAAAAAUGGCACAGUUUUUGCUGGUCGACCUUUGGCUCUUCAAACCACCCAAGUUUUCUUCCCUAACCAAUACACUGUUACUACUUCUCCAUUUGGCCACAAUUGGCGAAUGAUGCGCCAGAAUUUAAUGCAAGCAAUUCAACCUUCUCAAUUAAAACUAUACUCUCAUUGUCGUAAGUGGGCAUUGAGUAUAUUAAAGAAAUAUAUUCUAGAUGAAAUUGAGUCUGGCAAUAAGGCCAUACCAAUGAAUGAAUAUUUCAACUAUACAUUGUAUGCUUUAUUUUCGUACAUUUGUUUUGGAGAGAAAUUUGAUGAGAGAACAGUUAAGAAUAUCCAAAGGGUACAACAUGGUUUUCUGCACAAUUUCAUUAAAUUCAAUGUGCUGAAUUUUGUACCUCUCUUGUCUAAGAUUGUGUUUAGAGGAUUAUGGAGAGAGCUCUUGAAAAUUCGUGAGGAUCAGGUGAAUGUGUUCCUCCCUAUCAUAAAAGCACGCCAAGAGAAAAUAAAGGUCAGGGAUGGCGUUGAAGAUGAGAAUGGAGAAGAGUUUAAGCCUUAUGUGGAUACCCUUUUUGAUAUGCAACUCCCAAGCAAUGGAAGCAAGUUGAGGGAUGAAGAAUUGGUGAGUAUGUGUGCUGAGUUUAUGAUAGGUGGCACUGAUACAACAGUUACCACGUGGAUAUGGACCAUGGCGAAUUUAGUGAAGAACCAACACAUACAAGAGAAGUUGUUUGAUGAAAUUAAGGAGGUUGUGAAACCUGAUGAGGACAUUGAGGGGGAGCAUUUGAAAAGGAUGCCCUAUUUGAAGGCUGUGGUGCUGGAGACAUUAAGGAGACACCCACCAGGGCAUUUUAUAUUGCCUAGGGCAGUUACACAAGACACUGUUAUGGAUGGGCAUGAUAUACCCAAAAAUGCCAUUGUGAAUUUUCUUGUUGCUGAAUUUGGGUGGGAUCCAAAUGUGUGGGAAGAUCCUAUGGAGUUUAAACCUGAGAGGUUUUUGAGUCAUGGUGGAGAUGCUAAGUUUGACUUGAAAGGGACUAGAGAGAUUAAAAUGAUGCCUUUUGGUGCAGGGAGGAGAGUGUGUCCAGCAAUUAGUAUGGCAACCCUUCACCUUGAGUACUUUGUGGCCAAUAUGGUGAGGGAUUUCAAAUGGACACUUGGAGAUGGGUGUGAGGUUGACAUGACUGAGAAGCAGGCCUUCACCAUAGUCAUGAAGAAUCCAUUGAGACCAAUGGUGUCUCCAAGAAUCACUUGA